CUCUGCAGCUCUUCCUGGUUCUUUCGGACUGAAGACGUUUUUUUUUUCUCGUGUUUAAACCAUAAAAACUUGAGCUGAACUAAACUCACUCAGCUGUUUCCACAAAUGUGUUUUUAGUCUGAAACUUUUUAUGUAAAGUGUCGAUAAAGUUUUUAAAUCUGAUGCGUCGAGACUUUUAAACUGAAACAAGCAGCGACGACCUGAUUUCAUUUCACAUCAGUUUCAUCAAACAUGAAACAACAACUCUUAGUUUUCACCGUUUUCACCGUUUUAACGGAGGCAGCUGUUUCUCCAGCUGCAGACACAACGGAGGAACAUCACGCAGCGUCUCUCAGGUCGAUGCUGGAUGACUUCGACGUGUUGCCUCUCUCCAGCCUGCAGACUCAUUCCGUCCGUCGCCGUGACGUCCAAACUCAGACUCAUGUGGAGAAACUGGUCAGCUUUGAUGCCCUGCAGAGGCAGUUCAAACUCUACCUGAGGACCAACGACCAGCUGUUCACCGAGGACUUCAGAGCCGUGAUCGUAGAUGAGGACGGACAAGAGCGGAGCUACACUGUCAACAGACACAACUACUUCACCGGACACGUCAUCGGGGAGGAAAACUCUCGAGUCCAGGCUCAUAUUGACGACCACGAAUUCUCUGCUCACAUCCUGACUGACGAGGCCGAGUACAACAUCGAGCCUCUGUGGAGGUUCACGUCGGCGCCGCCUGAUGGUCGUCUACUGAUCUAUCGCUCAGAGGACAUCAGGAACCUCAGCCGCCUGCACCAGCCUUCAGUCUGCGGCUACAUGACCUCUGACCCCGCCCAACUCCUCCCUGACGGCGUUAAAGCAGCCAUGUUGGAGGAUGGAGAGGAAGAAGAGGAGUCUGUGAUCAGAGGGAAGCGUCAGAUCCACGACCACAGGAAGAACACCUGUCCUCUGCUGCUGGUGGCCGACCAUCGCUUCUUCGAACACAUGGGCCGCAAGGAGGAGAGCACCACCCUCAACUACCUGAUCGAACUGAUUGAUCGAGUGGAUGACAUCUACAGGAACACGUCGUGGGACGAAGAGUUCACAGGUUAUGGAGUUCAGAUCCAGCAGAUCAUCAUAGAGAAGGUUCCCACUGAAGUGGAGCCAGGGAAAAGUCACUACAACAUGAAGGGAAGUCCAGCGGAGGAUCGAGACGUCUGGGACGUCAAGAAGCUGCUGGAGCAGUUCAGUGUUGAUAUCGCAGAGAAAGCCUCCAACGUCUGCCUGGCUCACCUCUUCACCUAUCAGGACUUUGACGAAGGCACUCUGGGUCUGGCCUAUGUCGCCCCGUCCAAACCGGACAUCCCGGGAGGUCUCUGCUCCAAAGCCUGUCCUCCAUCUGCAAAUGAACAAAGAGCGAUCUACCUCAACACAGGUCUGACCAGCACCAAGAACUACGGGAAGACCAUCCUGACUAAGGAAGCAGACCUGGUGACGACUCACGAGCUCGGUCAUAACUUUGGAGCAGAACACGACCCAGACAACAUCCGGGACUGCGCCCCCCGAGAGGACCAGGGAGGGAAGUACGUCAUGUACCCCAUCGCCGUUAGCGGAGACCACGUCAACAACAAGAUGUUCUCCAACUGCAGUAAACGCUCCAUAGUGAAGCGUCUGAGAGCGAAGGCGCCAACCUGCUUCAAGCAGAGGAACAUUAACGUGUGCGGUAACUCUCGGGUGGAGCAGGGGGAGGAGUGUGACCCGGGACUGCUGCACAUCAACUCAGAUCGCUGCUGCACCGCCGAGUGCAGGCUGAAAGCUGGAGCUCAGUGCAGUGACAGGAACAGUGCGUGCUGUAAAAACUGCAGGUUUGAGUCUGAAGGUGAAGUCUGUCAGGAGCCCAUCAACGCCACCUGUAAAGGACACUCGUACUGUACAGGAAAAAGCAGCGAGUGUCCUCCGCCAGAAAACGCCUCAGAUAAAACCAUCUGUCUGGACAGUGGAGAGUGUCUUAACGGAGAGUGUGUUCCCUUCUGUCAGGCCGUCUUAAAGCUGCAGCCCUGCGCCUGCAAUGAAACCAACUCGUCCUGUAAAGUCUGCUGUCGCAGCAGCAGCGGCGUCUGCGCUCCCUACCAGGACGCAACAGGCAACUUCCUGUUCCUACGUAAAGGCAAACCCUGCACCGUGGGAUUCUGUGACGGAGCGGGGAAGUGUAUGAAGCAGGUUCAGGACGUGGUGGAGCGUCUGUGGGACUUCAUCGAUAAACUGGACAUCAACACGUUCGGGAAGUUCCUGGCUGAUAACAUCGUGGGGUCGGUGGUGGCGUUCUCGCUGCUGUUCUGGGUCCCUUUCAGCAUCCUGGUUCACUGUGUGGACAAGAAACUGGACCAACAGUACGAACAGACGACCAAGUCUCUGUUCUUCCCCAGUAAUGCCGAGCUCCUCAGCAGCCUGGAGUCCGCAUCUGUCCGGAUCUUCAAACCUCCAACCUUCCCCACCAGCACCUCCUCUGCCGGGCUGCGCUUCCAGUCGUCCAGCCCCCAACAGACCAGCACCCCUCCUGUCCCUGGUUCCGCCCCCGACCCUGCCCUCAGCCACCUUCCUCUGGACAGCCCCCGCAUGGCCACCAUCCAGGAGGACCCCAGCUUGGACUCGCACCUGGACGAGGACGCACUUGAGGAGGCGUUCGGGCGGCCAGUGGGGUCGACUCAGCGCUCCUUCGAGGACCUGACGGAGACAAGUGUGACGAGUCGCAGCGACAAGGCUCUGAUGUUAAGACUGAAGAGACAACAUCGGAUUGACACCAAAGAGACGCAGUGCUGAGAGGACUCGCCUGUCCUCACCUGCAGAGACCAGGACACGCAGCAGGCGGAGUCACCGCUUAGUGUUUUCGUUGUCAGGUCCUCGUGUGACUUUUUUAACCUGCUCUGUCCCACAGCCCGCUGAACUGCGUCCACUUCAGGGUCCGUCCUCACCGUGGGUUUAAAGUCUGUGUCCACGCUGUUCCUCUGAAGCUGUUACAGUUUGUUUGAUUUUUGGUUCUUACAGACUCUGUGAUCUGCAGCUGAACGUCAUCAGGUGACGAAACAAAGUGAAAACAGGUUUUCUACCUGAUCUGAUGUCAUACUGUGACAUCAUCACCUGACAGUGACAUCAUUAGUCACCUGUCUUUAUUCCACAUUCAUACAUUUUAUUCCCCAACGCCCCAUUUAAGCUCCUGAGUGCCCCAUACCAGGUAAUUUUAGUUCCCAAAUGACCCACACUUAGUUUAGUUCCCACAUCCCGCUCACUUAAGUUCCCAAAUGCCACGCACUAAUUUUAGUUCUUGAAUGCCCCACACUCAUUUUAGUUCCUAGACACCCCGCACUAAUUCUAGUUCCCAGAUGCCCCACACUCUUAUAUUCCCACAUGUCAAACACUUUCACACAAGUUUCCAAUCCCCUGGGGCUAAUUUUAGUUCCCCGACGCCCCACACUCACUUUAGUUUCCCGAUGCCCCACACUCACUUUAGUUCCCAGAUACCCCGUACUAAUUUGAGUUCCCACAUCCCACACUCACUUUAGUUCCCAGAUGCCUCGUACUAAUUUUAGUUCCCACACUCACGUUAGUUUCAGAACCCGCCCCCUUCAUCGUCUGCUUUCAUGGAGUCUGAUUCUGAAUGAGUCACCUGAUAAAAUAAAUGUUGAACCUUCAGGGUUUUUUUUUUUCCAAAAACAAAAACAAAAAGCUUUAAAACAUUCAAAGACCAACAGAGCUGCAAUUUAACAGACUUCUGCUGUUGUUUUUUUAAGUGAAAUGCCAAAGAUUUGACGCCUUCAGCUGCUUUUUAAUGAACAUUUAUUACAGUUACAUUAAAUUUCUGCGUUUUAGACAGUUUAUCUGAAAAUCAACAGCUGUGGUUUUAAAUUCGUGCUGCUGGAGACAGUCCGUUGGAGAAGUAAAAGUACCUCAAAAUUCUACUUAAGUAAAUGUAUUUAUUUACAUUUCAUCACUGUCCACGAGAUACUUUUAUUUUUUAUCUCUGCACUUAAAUCCGACACAUCAGAUGUUUUAAACCCAACGUUACAUUAUUUACAGCAUUUUGAAACCAACAUCUUUCACAGAGCAAACUCUCGGCUGUUAAUACGCUUUUAUUAAGUGUUUUAUUUUGACGUCUGAAAGUCAAACUGUUGUUUUUAUUUUAUAAAUGACAAUCAGAGCUGUGUGCCUUCUCUUCUUCAGUGGUAUUGAAAAAUGCACUUCAGUCAGUAUUUUUAUACAUUAGAGAUGUGUGUUUAGUGUGUUGUUUACUGUUUGUGUUGUUUACAUGCAGACGAUCGCGUGCCAUAUUCUGUAAACACGUCUUUGUUACGUUCACUGAGUAUUAAUACAUUUAAAGACAAACACGUUUGUUUGUUUGUGUGGCUGUGUUUACCCGUCAGUCUGACUGCUGUUUCAAAAUAAAAUGUUUGUUUUAUGUGAGAAAAGUUUUCUGAGAAAUAAAUUUAUUGUUCAAUAAUU